ACUGCGCUAAUAAAAUAUUUGAUUAAUAAAUAAAUAAUGCCGUGACCUUCCAAUAAAUUACAAUGAAAUUCCAAUAAUGUUAUUCGAAUUAAUAACAAAACGAUGCACUGGACGUGAAACCACAUUGUUAAUAAAAUAGUAUCGUGUAAACUUGGGCCUUGGGCAUCGUUAGCUGUCACUUUGACAUUCAGUGCAUAGGUUACGUUUCGACUAGCUGUCAACUUGACAAAUUUCUAGUUGUGGGCGCCUAAAACUCAAACAUUUCGUUAUAAAUACGACUCGGUUUAUAAAUAAUCUAAUGUGAGCCAGUUGUGACGGUUGUCUUCGUUUAAAUUCGUCCCGGAGCUAAAAUACCACUUUGACAGCUCAAGCAGCAAGUGACAUGUUAUCAUAAACACUGAAAUAAUAUGAAUACGGAUCUACAAAGAAGACAAGAUGUUAAAUAUGAUUCAGCGUCGAAUAUUUCCAACUCGAACGGGGACAUUUGCAGAAUUUGUCAUUGUGAGGCUGACACUGAUAACCCUCUAUUGUCUCCUUGUUACUGUUCUGGUAGUUUGAAAUAUGUGCAUCAGUCCUGUCUUAGACAGUGGUUAGCUGCUUCCGACACUCGGUCCUGUGAGCUGUGCAAGUUUAGUUUUAUAUUACAAACGAAAAUCAAACCACUGUCAGAAUGGCGAACCUUGGAAAUGAGCAGUGUGGAACGGAGACGUCUUCUGUGUGCCAUCCUGUUUCAUUUUGUUGCGGCUGUGUGUGUCAUUUGGUCACUUUUUGUGCUUAUAGAUAGGGCAGCUGAAGAAGUUCAAAAAGGCCUAAUAGCUUGGCCUUUUUGGACUAAAUUAGUUGUAGUUGCUGUUGGUUUCACAGGUGGUGCUGUUUUUAUGUACAUACAAUGUCGCCAGUACUUACAUCUUUUUGCAAGAUGGAAAGCACACAACAGGAUAAUUCUGGUCCAGAACGCCCCUGAGAAGCCCCUAAUGGCCCCUCCCUCUCCUAAUUUUAUUUUCACUAGGACCACCCACCACCCCCAAUAUUCGCCGCAAGUUUUGGCUCAUGGCAACUUCAAUAUACCUCCCGCAAAUUCUGAUUCAAAUAAUGAUUCGCAAUUGUGUUAUGUUUUUGAAAAGGAGAAUCACGAAAAACCUAGUUUUUUAGGGAACAGUGGUUCAUCUUCCCAAAAAGACGAUAUCCAUGUUGAAGAUCUGUGUGAGACAGCUUCUAGUGAUAAUUUUAUUAAUCCAUUGGCCAGUACUAUGCCUUCGGGAAGUAUUAAUCCAAAUACUAGGGAUCUUUUAGCUUUAGAUAUCCAAAGCUCUUCUAGAAGUGCAAACGAGUUUUCUCUUGACCACUCCACGAAGACUGACGUUAUUCGAAAUAAGAGUURUGUGUUUAAAUCUUUGCCUAACUUAAACACUAGUAAUGAGAACUUACUUGUGUAAAUAAAAAAUUAUAUAAUUA